CUUUCGGUGACGGCAGUUCUUUUUCCAACAAUCAGCCUCUUCCAUCGCACAGCGCACGCCAAUUAAUUCUCGUCGACGGCAACCAUCGCAUCUCUGCACUGUCCACAUUGUAACCCUCCCAGCCAGAGCAAGGCGUGCGCGUGAUACCCCACCGCAACCUGCUACAGCGCUCGGGUUUGCUUAUCACUCCACCCACCGCUACCACCACUCCACAACCAAGCGGCACCGCGCCGCUCCACUGUCAAUACGGCACGCUGAUAUCGACUCGCUGAGCGUGUAACGAACGGCACACGACCACUCGAGUCAACAUGGUCAAGGGCGCGACUGCCCCGCUGCAGAUCCGUCUGACGGAGCCUGUCAUCUUCCUGCGUGGCACAUCCACCGGCGCCGACUUCCGCGGUCGGCCGCAAGCCGCACGCGAUGGCCAGCCGGCUAUGAUCCGUGGUCUUCUGACACUUCGCCUCUCCAAGCCGACUCGUAUCCGCAACAUCUCUAUCAGCCUGGAGGGCAAGAGCCGCACCGAGUGGCCGGAAGGCAUCGGACCUCGCCGCACGGACACGUUCGAGGAGCACACUGUUAUCUCCGAGACUACCACGUACUUCUCAGCUACCGAUCAGACCAAGAACAAGGUCACUCGGCGCUCGAGGUCGGCCGACCCGGCGCUGAUCGCCCAGUUCGACAUGGACUCGGACGAGGAGGACGAGAAGGCUAGUGAUGACGGCGAAGGCGGCUAUUUUGAUGCGCCGCGCGGCCGCACAGGUCGCCCCGUCCUUCCGAGGAGCGCGAGCGCAUUGCCCAGCACCCAUGACGCCCAUGCCUGGCACCGUGAUGGAUUCUCGAGGCGUGCCAGCCCCGAGCACAGUGCCGCACCGUCGCGCCAGGGCAGUCAGCUCGACCUGACACAUCUGCGCGCGGCUGCCGCCGCCAUUGAACCCCGCGGCCCAUCUCCGGCUUACACACCUGCGUACACCCCUCCCCUGUCGGCGGUGGGAUCGCGCCCGUCGUCAGUUCGAGGCCUGCCGGCCUACGGCGAACAGCCCCCUGCCACCCCCGACCUCGCGGACACGCCGAUCACUGAGAACGUUGUGUGGAACCCUCCGUCCGCUGCCACAGACGGCGGAAUCCUCAACCGGCCCGAGGCGGCAAACCCCCCAUCGCCCGCAAUCCGCUGGGCACCCGCCCCAGUGCCUCCCGAGUCGCAAGACCUCGAGCUCCCGGAUGCCGCCGCCUCGCACUCGCUGCACACCAUCGACUCCAUCUCAUCAAACUCGGAAGAGGGCCAUGGGGACCUGCCGUCGUCCGACCACCACCCGGUGUCAACAGGGCAUCACGCCCUGCCGACGGCUCCUCCAAGCCCUAUCGCGACGCCCCCAGAAAACCCGUUGGACGCCGUGGGCCAGUUGGCGCCUCCUCCCGCGCAGCGUCGCAGGAGCAGUGGCCUGAGCACAGGCAACGGCGGCUCUGAUGAGCCCUCUAGUGCUCAAGCUUCCCGCCCGCCAUCAGUCCCGCCUUCGAGACCGGCCUCCAUCUUGUUGGGCCCCGGCCAGCCAACAUCAGACCUGUCGACGCCUUCGUUCCACAGCCCGUCAUUCGCCAGUGGUACAUCGUCGCCUCAUGCGUCGACUCACCACGACGACCACCGCGGGCGCAAGCACCACAAGUUCAGCCUCUCGGCAGCCCUGCGCAGUCUGAGCCAUGACAUGCAUAUUCGCAGCCAGCCAUCAAGUCGGGCCAGCAGCCGAAACCGGGCCGAGACGCCUCGCACGCCGCACUUUGGCGAGGAGAACAUCGUGUCUGCACCAAUGUCUCGCAGCGGCAGUGCGCAGACUGGAAUCCACUCGCGUAUCGCCCACGACAUCACGCCCCCCGGCCGCGACCACCGCGGUGGCUCGAGCCGCCCUGGAAGCCGAACUGCAAGCCCUGCUGGCCGCGACGAGCACCGUGGCCGCAGUCGCAGCAAGAUGAAGAUGUUCCACGUUGGAGGCCACCGCGAUGACAGCGACGAUGAGGAGGUACACAACUGGAAGGAGUUCCGCAAGGGCACCUACAACUACCCAAUAUCAUUCUCGAUCCCUUCAAACGCUCCGCCAUCGAUCCACGCCGAGUUUGGCAGCGUUGUGUACCGCCUAAAGGCCACGGUCGUCCGAGUCGGUGCCCUCACUUCGAACCUCUCCGAGGAGAUGGAGGUGAACAUGAUCGCUGGCCCUCAGGAGGAUGACAUGGAGGAGACGGACAAUGUCAUUGUCGAGCGUCAGUGGGAGGACCAGAUGAGGUACCAGAUUGCGCUCAGUGGCAAGGCAUUCCCCAUCGGCGGUACCAUCCCCAUCAGCAUUCGGUUAAUGCCUCUGGCCAAGUGCAAAAUCUACCGCAUCACAGUGGCGCUGGAAGAGAAGACCGACUACUUUGCGGCGAACAAGAAGGUCGCACGUCACGAAACACCACGCAGGUUUAUUCUGUUCGCCGCCAAGAACCCGGACCAGAAGAAGGAACGGCCAGAACCCCUCCUCCCUAUCUUGUCCGAGUCGACCGAUGCAGCCCGCGAGUCGCCAUUGGCUGAAAUGGCACGCACCGCGGCGUUGAACAAUCCACGCGAGUUUGCCGACUUCUCGAACCCCGAGGACGACUGUUAUGCUUCGCUGCUGGAUCCCAUGGGUCCGUGGCACCUGGAGAAGGACCUCCAGCUGCCCGACUGCAUCACGCGGAUCAAGUUUACGACCAAGCAUGACCAGACGAACAUCUCGGUCGGCCACUGGCUCAAGGUCACGAUCCGUGUUGAGCGCGGCGACGACUUGCAUGUUGAUUCCAAGGGCCGGCGCAAGCAGUUUGACAUUAUCAUUGAAACCCCAAUCAAGAUUCUCGACUGCCGCGUCAACACGCAGUUCAACUCGCUGCCUUCGUACGACCGCACGUUCUUCGAGCAGGGAGCCGUUGGCCGCGGAUGCUCCAUGCACGCCAAGCUCGCGUCGGCACCUCUGGCGCCGAGGGCUGUGCCGAUCGGCAACGACAAGACUCCUCGUGCCCCAUCAUCCUCGCUGCCCCAGGACCUUCCAUCGCCCAACCUCGCCGCGACGUCGGGCCACACACCGCACGGCAAGCACGAGGACCAUGAAGACACGCUGCUUGAGCGCAACAUUGUGUACGACCGCCUGAUGAGCGGGCAGGAAACCGAGGCCGGCGAGGAGCCGCCAACGUACGGACAGGCGGUCGCCAAUGCGAUCCGCAGCGCCCGCUCGGCGAGCCGCGCCGCGAGCCGAAACCCCAGCCGCUCGGCCAGUCGCGCUCCCAGCCGCAAUGUCAGCCGUGUGGCGCUGCACGACGAGGCGUGAAAUACCAACAACGCUGAUACCCACCCAUCUAUCAUAAAUCGAACAUUUUGAUCCUGUCCAUCGCCCCAUGGCAGUUAAUAUGGCAGAAUAGAGCUAGAUCGCUAUGCACUGUUGUCACAAGAG